AUGGACACCCCUUCUAACGAAAACUCGAAAACCAUGGACGUAUCGGCCAAAGACGAAAAGUCCACUCCCCCGGACAUGGAGGCGCCUAUCCAACUGGCCGAUAAAAGUACCGGAGAAUUCGAAGAAGUCAAGGCGUUAAGACAAGGCCUUCAUCAGCGACACAUUCAGAUGAUCGCCUUGGCUGGCACGAUUGGAACGGGUCUCUUCCUCGGUUCAGGUCGAGCAAUUGCUCGCUCUGGUCCGUUGGGAGCGUUCCUAGGAUACCUCGUCAUGGGCAGCGUUGCUGGUAUCGUCACCCUAGCUGUGGGUGAAAUGGGUACACUUGUUCCUCUAAAUGGUGGAAUCGUCCGUUAUUCCGAGUUCUUUGUCGAUCCGGCGUUAGCUUUUGCUAAUGGCUACAAUCUGGUUUAUUCUUACCUUGUGUCUAUUCCCGCCGAGAUUGUGGCCGCAUCUGUGUUGGUGCAGUUUUGGUCGGAUCUAAGUAGUGCAAUUUGGAUCACCAUCUUUGGUCUGCUCAUGUUGUGCACUGCUUUGGUUUUUGUACGUGUCUAUGGAGAGCUCGAGUUCUUCUUCUCCAUGCUAAAGAUCUUGCUGAUCCUUGGUAUCAACAUCAUGGCUCUUGUUAUUACCUGUGGUGGUGGUCCUAAUCAUGAAUCCAUCGGAUUCCGUUAUUGGCACAAUCCUGGUCCUUUGGUCCAGUACCUCGGGAUUGAUGGCUCUCUUGGGCGAUUCUUGGGCGUUUGGACAUCAUUUAACAAUGCUAUUUACUCCUUUUCAGGGAUUGAAACAAUUACAGUUGCAGCUGGAGAGACUAGGUCUCCGAGACGGGCUAUUCCCCAGGCGACGAAGCGUAUCUUUAUUCGUAUUUUUCUAUUCUACAUCAUCUCAAUCUUCAUGGUUGGCCUUGUCGUGCCGUCUAAUGACCCCGGACUCGAUCAUUCCAGUGGUACAGCAUCCACAUCACCAUUCGUUAUUGCAGCCACUCGAGCAGGGAUUAAGGUAGUCCCGUCAAUCAUCAAUGCUGUCGUUAUCACCUCGGCCUGGUCCUCAGGAAACUCCAACUUACUCGGAGGUUCAAGGGUACUAGUUGGCCUGGCAAUGAACGGUCGAGCUCCAAAGUUCUUCACGCGGCUCAACAAAUUCUCAGUCCCCUGGAUCGCGAUUUCCCUCUACGGCUUGUUCAUGUGUCUGGGAUACAUGUCACUGUCCUCAACCGCAAGCACAGUGUUUGACUGGUUGCAAGACCUUGUCUCCAUUACCACCCUGACAAACUGGUUGACUAUUCUGGUCACGUACCUUCGUUUCUACUACGGUUGCAAGAAACAGGGAAUCUCCCGAAAGUCUCUACCGUGGGCGGCUCCGAUGCAGCCGUAUAUCAGUUGGGCUGCGCUGGUUCUGCUCACCAUCCUCCUUAUCACAGGCGGCUACUCGACCUUUAUUAAGGGGCACUGGGACAAUGAGACGUUCGUCUCCUCUUAUAUCAAUAUCCCUCUUUUUCUGAUCCUUUAUUUUGGAUACAAGUACAUUUGCAAGACAAAGAUUGUAGCUUUGGAAGAUAUCCCUAUUCAGCCCUUCAUUGACGUUGCCAAUCGGAAUAUUGAGCCACCGCCGAAGCCUAAGAAAGGACUUAACAAACUCAACAUCUUGUGGGAAUAG